ACCCGGAAGUAGAAGCCACAACUGUUUACAGUGGUGUUCUCCUCGGUUUGCCGAGUUCCUGUUGGAUUUUAGAGGAAAUUGAUGAGUUUUGGUGUAAAAUUCUGAGUGGGGAUGUACAGCGGGCUCCUGCCGAGAGGUUUAACCGAACACGACCUGAGUUCGGACCCAGAGGACGAAAGUGUUGAUAAGAAGGAGCUGACUGAAGGUUUGAGCGGUUCCGUUUCGAAAUCCGGCGCAGACGAUGAUUCACGGAGUUUACCGGGAAUAUCAACGGAAUCUUGGCAAAAAUUCCAGGAGCUCCGAAAGAAGAAGGAUGAGAUGGAGGCGGUGAAAGUUCACGACAAAAGAAAAAGGAAACGCAGGAGAGGUAGAAGAAGUGAAGAACCUGCAGAGACCAGGAGCAGUCAGGACGCCAGUGAGGAGCACUGGAAGGAGCUGAAGCAGUACUUCCACGUGAACGAUCGAUUCCUCCCCCCCGCCUGCUCCAGACCACCUGCGCAGUCCGGCUUAGAAAGGAGCAUGGAGAAGGCCGUCGCUGAAGGGGACGUUGCAAAGGCGGAGGAGAUGAGCGACAGGCUCGCCGCUCGAGAGCUGGCAGUCAAAGUGUCUCAGGCCGUCGGCUGUCGGGACUUUGUCCAUCAGAAGGAGGAAGAGGAGGCCGUGAGGGCGGCUCAGAAGAAGAGGAAGCAGAUGUCCUGGGGGUUUGAGGCGAAGCAGCGAUGGGAGACCAAGAGCAACAUGGGCUUCAUGUGACGAGCACGGAGGACGAGCGGCUCCGGAAAUAAAUAAUUUAAUUCAAUAAAACGUUGUUUUUUAACGGCGGCGGCAUGUGGGCCGCCAGGAAACCAAUCUGGAGACGAGGAGAAAGGACGAAGAUUCAAAUUAAUUCCUGAGGCGCCCACUGGUGUCGGCAUUGUGUUAUUUUUCAUUACCCCCCCGCCUCAAAUUAAA